AUGGAGGAAACCCGAAUAAAGGCGUAUAAGUUUGCCUCCUAUGCGGCAAUAACGUUUUCUGUGGUUUCCGUAUUGUCCGUAUGUAUUGCAUUGCCGAUGAUCCACAAUUAUGUUAAUCAGGUGCAAUGGCAAAUGAACAAUGAACUCAGAUACUGUCAGGGAUCCGCUAAAGACAUUUGGUCUGAAGUAGGAGCUCUGAAGCGAUUCGACGCUGUCAGAAAUCGUACCGCAAGAGCAGCGAGCUACAAUUGUGAUGAGUGUUGUACUGGUGGUGAGCCUGGUCCAAAAGGUCCACCUGGUCGUCCAGGAAAACCUGGAAAACCCGGAGCACAAGGACCACCAGGAAAACCAGGCAAACCAAAUCUUGAACCAUGUGUUCCAAUCACACCACCACCAUGUAAACCAUGCCCAGAAGGACCACCUGGCCCACCCGGCCCACCAGGACCAAUAGGUGAUCCAGGACCAGACGGUCUUCCAGGUUUGGAUGGAGCUGACGGUCCUCCAGGUCCACCAGGAGCAGCUGGUGAAAUGGGCUUACAAGGUGCUGUUGGCAUGCAAGGGCAGAUGGGAGAACGUGGUGAGGAUGGAGUUAGCGAAGUAAUCAUAGGAGAGGCUGGGGAAGCUGGUGAUAUGGGACCACCUGGCCCACCAGGUCCUCCAGGACCAGAAGGACCUUGCGGUCCACCAGGGCCACAAGGA